UAUGGGUUCCAAACAGUCCACAAAGCAGACCUGCAGAGACUUAAACUUAGAAUGGAGAUGACAAUGUUUUUCCGAGCACUGCUGCUAAUCUGCUCUCUGUCUAUAUCUCAGCUCCAGGCUUUGACCCACAAGGAACUAAUUUCCCAUUCAAGGAAAAAUGGAUCACAGGUAGAAGAUGCUGAAAUUGUUCCUAACCCUCAACAACCAAUUCCACAGGACAUCAAUACUGUGCUGAGAGAGUUGAUCGCCUCGGUGGCUGGACUGAAGGUGGAGACAAAGUACCUACAGAGAGAUCAUGAAGCUAACACGAGAGAGCUGAAAGAUGAGUUGGAGAAGGUGAAACAACUGUACCAAGCUAAGUCAGAGGAGUUGGACAAGCUGAAACAACAGCACCAAGCUAACACAAGAGAGAUGAAAGAUGAGUUGGAGAAGCUGAAACAACUGUACCAAGCUAAGACAGAGGAGUUGGAGAAGCUGAAACAACAGCACCAAGUUCAGACACAAGAGUUGGACAAGGUGAAACAACAGAACCAAGCUCAGAUAGAGGAUCUUAUCAAUGUUAAAAGCAGGACAAUCGUCACUGAGAAUCAGGUGGAGACUCUGAAGAAAGAAGGCGAAGUGAAACGAGUGGCUUUUUCAGCUUCAUUGUUGGCCUCAGGCACAGAAACUCUUGGUCCAUUUAACUCGCACGUCCCUCUGGUCUUCAGGCAUGUUGUUACAAAUAUCGGAAAUGCCUACAACCCAAACACAGGGUUUUUCAUAGCACCACUGAGAGGAGCCUAUCACUUUGCAUUCAAAGUAGGUGCAAGUGGACAUUCUUCAAAUGCUUCAGGUGCUGUGCUGGUCAAGAACGGAGAACACAUUUUUAUUGCAUAUGAGCAUCAAGUUAAUGGAUUCGGUUCAUCAUCCAAUGGUGUCACAUUGUUGUUAGAGACAGGAGAUGUUGUGUUUUUGCGUCACUGGGAAAACACAAGGAUAUAUGAUAAUCCAAAUCAUCAUACAACCUUCAGCGGCCAUCUGCUUUUCACCAUAUGAGAAGACCUGAUUUCUCUAUCAACAUUAUAUAUCAGCAGAAACUAUUGUUUUAUGUUACAGUUUUAGUUUCAUGUAAAAAAAAUGUAAUCAAAGUAAAAUAUAAAUGAUUCAAACCAACUCUGCUGCAACGUAGUUUCAACAGAUUUUUCCUCUUGUGGUUCUGAAGGAUUAAGGUGAUUGUAUUCAAGAAGAAGCAACAAUAACUGUUUAGAAGUGCUGUGUGAAUAUAUCUUUUAUAAAUUAAUCAGUGGAUGACUGUAGUGGGUAUAGGUGUGUUUGUGUGUAAUGUGUUUGUGUCUGUGUCUAUUUUUAGAUCUAUGUGCAUGUAGCAAACUAUUUUGAAAACAUUUUAAACUAAAAUAUAAAAUUUAUUUCCCUGCCUUUGAAUAAAAAUGGAAAUUGAAAAA